UCUACAUCCUGUGCGAUCUCGGCUCCGUUCUUGCAUCCUUUACCAAAUCAAGGUCAAGCAAGCAUAUGUAGUCGUCUGCGCCACUGCCAGUCGCGAAAUAAUGUACUCUGCUCGACGUAUCUGGUGUUGUAUCGGGCCCUACGGGAGCCCAAGCUAAUGCAAGGUAGCCCAAUUUUGGAGCGUUGCCAUUUAUCCACCAUGCAGCAGUCUCCGAGAACCGGGUAGAGCGUAGUAGCACUGCAUGAAGGCUUAAUCGCUUCUAUAGAUUCAUAUAAAGUCACUUACUCUCUUCGACGAUGUCAUCAAUCGAAGAGUUCACGUUGUCCGUCCAUCAUGAGUAACACGGGUCCCUUCACCCUAAAAUGGGGCAUCCUAGCAACAGGAGGAAUAGCGAAAACAUUCACAAAAGACCUCCUCAUCCCAACCACCACCCGCAACGCCUCCGACAUCCAGCACGAACUCGUCGCCGCCGCCUCCUCCUCCUCCCUCUCCCGUGCCCAAACCUUUCUCAACGAAGUCGGCGCACCUGAAACCGCCGUCCCCUACGCCUCAUACGCCGACCUCGUCGCCGACCCUAAUGUCGACAUCAUCUACGUCGCCACCCCCCACUCGCACCACUACCAGCAUGCGCGCCUCGCACUCGAAGCAGGCAAACAUGUCCUGUGCGAGAAGGCAUUCACGGUGAAUGCAGCGCAGGCCCAGAUUCUAAUCGACAUUGCGCGCGAGAAGAAGCUGUUCCUUAUGGAAGCCAUGUGGACGCGGUUCUUCCCCGUGGCCAAGGAAGUGAGGGAUAUCGUGAAGAGCGGGCAGCUGGGCGAGGUGAUUAGGGUAUGGGCGGAUCUGAGUUUCUGGAAGGAUGUCGAGGGCGAGUUUGGCACGGCGCAUCGGAUGGUAAAUUUGGAGCUUGCGGGGGGUGCGCUGUUGGAUUUGGGCGUUUACUCCCUCACCUGGGUCUUCCAGAUUCUGUACCAUAUCGUGCCGGCCGAGGAACGCGGUCCACCAGCUGUAGCGUCGGCCAUGACCAAGUACGAGGCUACGGGCUGCGACGAGACGACCAGUAUGAUUUUGACUUUCCCCGGCGGAGCUCAGGGGAUUGCUACGACGAGCCUGCGGGUCGCCCACCACCCAACCCCGACCUCCCCUUCCGCCCACGCCCCCAUCCGCAUCCAAGGCACCCUCGCCGACAUCCACAUCCCCUACCCCCCUUACCGCCCCCAAUCCUAUGUGCUCCUCCCAGCCUCCAACGACGCGCGCGGAACCCUCGCUUCCUUCCCCGAGCAGACGGUCACGCGCGAAGUCCCCGCCGGCGGCCACGGCAUGUUCUACGAAGCCGACGAAUGCGCGAGAUGUAUCCGCGAUGGGAAACUGGAGAGCGAGGUGAUGCCGUGGGAGGAGUCGUUGGAGGUGAUGCGGGUUAUGGACCUGGCGAGGAGGCAGGGAGGCUUGGACUACGGGGAUCUGGAGGGGACGGGGUAUCUGUAGUUGGCACCGCGGUAACAGAGCCUCAAGGUGCUGAUGCAAGAAGUGGACUUGCAGGCUGGGACCCUUGGUGACGCUGGUUGUUGGAGUCUUACCUCGGGAAAGUAGGGAAGUUAAGCCCAUUGCAUUCAAUGGGCUGGUGUUCGGGGUGCCUCGGUGCGCUGGAAGGAUAGCGUUUUAUAGUGACAUGCCGAAUGAAAUCUAUUGCGUCUACCAUC